AUGGUGAACAGCCGCUCUGAGCUCACCCUCUCCCUCCUGCUCUUCAGUGCUCUUUGCUUGGAGGCGUUCAUCAUAGAAUUGGAAGUCUACUCUCCAGCUCAGAGGAUGAACUGGUCAGAGGCCAGACUGUACUGCCAGAGGAACCACGUUGACUUAGCUGCUGGGAACAUAGUGGAUAUUUUGGGCAUGAAUGGGUUUUUGUUGAACGUCAGUCCAGUCUGGAUGGGUCUACGCAGAAGCCCUCUGAACGACUCAGCGUGGAGGUGGAUUGAUCCAAAAGGUGGAGAGGGGGUCUCAGGAGGAGUCUUCUCACAGAGCGUCCUCUGGGCCGGUGUAGAGCAGAGCGACCACUGUGCACUUGUGGAUGCAGAUUUAAAGUGGCACAGUGUGAGAUGUUCAAGUACACAUCCAUUCUUCUGUACAGAAGGGAAUGAGAUUAAACAUCAUGACAACAAAAAAGACUGGUACGCGGCUUCUGAUUCCUGCAGUGAUAAAAGUGACAGUUACCUGGCCACCAUCACCAUGGAUAACACCGGCAAAUUGAAGUCUGCUGGCUGGAUCGGGCUGCACCGAAAAGCUGGUGAGACCUGGAGCUGGAUCAGGGAUCAGCAGUCUGACUUCAGAAACUGGGCCCAAGGAGAACCCCGCUACGCCGACUGUGGCUCUUUUGAUCCUGUAAAUCAAAAGUUUCACAGCAAAGCAUGCUCCACAGAGCUUCCUUUUCUCUGCUAUGAUGACAACCUUGUGGUGGUGAACGAGAACAAGACAUGGGAGGACGCUCUGAAGCACUGCAGGAAAAUGGAGAGCCCAUGUGAGGACGAACCAAGCCCCUGCAUCUACAAACACGAUCUCCUGAGCCUGGAAGUCCCGGCUGAAUACAACUACGUCAGAGAUAGGAUCUACAAAGCCACCACUGAUGAGGUUUGGACGAGCCUGCGCUUCCUGGGAGGGGAGUGGCGAUGGUCCAACGGACAGCAGCUGGAGGACCAGACCAUGCUGCCGGACUGCCCGUCCCAGUGGAAACACUGUGGAACCCUGUCCAAACAUGACACCAACCACUGGAUCACCAGGAACUGCUUGGAGAGAAGAAACUUCAUCUGCUACAGAUAUAAAACUAUCAUUAAUCAGACAGACUAUCUUGGGGUUUGAGAGCUUUUCAGUGCUUCAUUUCUGCCUGUUUUGUUUGUUAACACACUGAGCUCUAUCUAUAUAUUAAAGGGUUUGAUCAGAUCAUUAGAAUUAGACUAACCUGGUUUAUUUUUGCCAGAGAGUUAGAAAGAAUAUUGGCAUACAGUGGGAAUGAAAAAUGUAAAACAAUGGACAUAUGAAUACUCCUUGUUUAGACUUUCAUCAUUACCAUGAAAUCAGACCUUGAUUCAGCUGAAUCCCAUUAGCUGCGGUAGGUCCAUAAAUGUGACAAAUAAAA